AUGGCGCGCGACGGCGAUCCGCGCAGACAAUGGAUGUCCCAGCAAAACUUCCGUGUGCCGCUGCCAGCGUCCACGAAGAAGGCCCUGGCCCGUUUGGACGGGGCCUCCUUCAGGACCAGCUACGGGGAGGCUUUCCGACAUCAUCCUUCGCUAAGAAACGCGGAUCUCUACGAGGUUCCGGAGCUGCCAAGGAGUGAUGCCGGCGGUGCGACGGGAUCCAAGGCUUGGGAGCUGGCCAAGAUGGUUUUGUUGAAACGGGUUAGCAACAACCAGCGGACCAGCGGACGGAACGACCUCACUUCCCGGGUCCAGGUUGUCGGGGCGCGAUUGGAUGCUUACGCGAGGGCGAGGGAAGGCUUCCCCUCUUCGGUUUCGAAGGGAGCUGUCUGGUUGCAAGAGGUCACGACCUACUCGGAGAGCUUCCUUCCCUUCGUGCGAGAUCCGCCCCAGGCUUUCAAGGCCAGCCCAGAGGAUAGUGCGCUCGGGCGGAGGGCCCAGGAGAAGAUCGAGAAGCGCAAGGCCGAGACUCAGGAGAGGUACUGGGCCAUGAUCGCACGAGCUCGGGCCUUGGAGGAGGACAACAAGCUUGGCGGGUACAUGAACAAAGACUAUUCGGCAACGCAGGGACAGGGGUCUCUUCGGGCCAUCGAGAAGCUGGUGGCGGGCGACGACGACCUGAAGUCCAACUUCGUCGGUGGCCCUGCUCCGAUCUACUGGAGAAGCGAGGCACAAGCCAACUACACCGUGGAUGUGCACGGCGAGGCGGCCGCGCAGAAGUAUGGGCUGCCAACACAGCCCGUUCCGCUGGCAAAGUUCAUGAAGGGCUAG